GAAUGAGUUUACGAAAAUUACUGGUAAAUGUUUUCAUAGACAGAUCUUAUAUUUAUAAAGCCUCUCCUUUAUAAAAAGUUUUUUAAAUUCUGACAAUAGAAACGUUAUUUGCUGAAGUCCCUAGAAAGCAAAGCCUCUAUCGGCAACUUGGACCAAUUUCUAGCAUCGUGUAUGUACACAAUGCCUAAGCCAAAUUGCAUAUAAUCACGUGCGUGAAAGAAGCAUCAUAUUGUUGUCAGCUGUAGCAAUAUACUGCAAUAUACUGUAAUUGACGUCAAUUGACAUGGUUGACAGCAGGUGACAGUUGGCAUUACACCUCCAUCGCAAUACAUCGCAAUUAGUUACACGUCGCGCAAUAGACGUUUCGUACGAGUAUUGCAUUCGAUUAAUUUAUUAUACUUUUCUUUCUGAAUUUUCGUCGUAAUGGCUACGAUAAUGUGUCUUUCUGAAGAUGUGAUAAUUCACAUUCUACGUACUAACGAUAUUGGCAUUAGAGACGUUGUAAAUUUUUCUUCUACAUGCAAACACUUUCGUGACAUGAUCGAAAACAGCAACUCAUGUUGGCGAUGGAAAUCCUAUCAGAGAUGGCCUAGUUUGGAAAAAGCUUUUCCAAAACGCCAAGAUGUUAAAAAUAUAAAUUUUAAAGAAUUAACAAAAGCAGGUGUAAAGUGUAUGAAAGAACUACGGCAUUUCUUGACAGAGAUGAAUAAAAAGUACUAUCGCCAUAUUUAUUAUGAGCGCUUAGAGGAUACUGUUUCACUCCGUAUGAGAUACGAUAACAAUAAUCAUGUAAAUGUUAAUGAGGAAGAUAUUCAUUUAUUGAUUCAUCCAGAUGAAGCAGCGCAUCCUUUGAAUUAUUAUUUUCUUAUAGAUGAAUUAACAAGUUUACUUAAACGAUCAGAAGAGAGUGGAUAUAUGGAUGAUUUGACAAAUCUUUAUUAUGGUGAAAAGCUUCUUCCAUAUCUGAAGCAUUAUCAUUUAAAAGAAGAAUGGAAAGAAUUUAUAAAUCGCCCUGUUGAACAACAGCUGUUAGAAGAAGCGGCAACUUUUUUUUCACAAUGGUAUCAACCCAACAAAGAUAUCUCUUACUCACGUAUACAGAAGGAACUGAAUAAUAUCACAGAACAAGUGAUGCAGCAAAUUAGAAUUGAGCAUCCCACACAUCCGAUAUUUUCGGCAUCCCAUGAGCAGCUUUCCUUCUGGAAAAACAACAAUAUCGAUGAAAAUCAGUGGAACAACGAGGCUGGAAGACAAAUUCUAGAUGUUCUUUGCAAGACUUUAUUUCAACUAAGUUUCCAAGGGCUUGGAGAACAAGCUUACAGAAGUAGAACUUUCCGUCGAGAACACGUUCUUAUAGAUCACGUUUUACAAGAAAGAACUGGUUAUAUUGUAUCGCUGGCAGUUGUAUUCCAAAGCGUUGCAAGAAGACUUGGUCUUCGGUGUGAUCUAAUAUCUUUCCCAGAUCAUUGUUUUUUAACUUGGAAACCAAACUAUAAUACGAACCCUGAUUAUGAACAUUGUUUUUAUAUCGAUAUUUUGAACAAUGGAGCUCUUCUGAGUAAAAACGACUGUCCUAGGAUUCGUGGAGCUACAAAGUGUCCCAUAAAAAAUUUCAAUACAUAUAGCAAAAUAAAUUCCAUACAGCUGGUACUAAAAUUGAUUACCUGUAUAGAACUGACAGAUCUAUUUGAUCAGCCCAAAGAUAUAAAAGAACGUAAAGGUUGGUUAUUGGAGCUUCGACAUUUCAUAAAACCAGACGAUAUGGAUGCGAUUACGGACUUGAGUUACUAUUAUAUGGACCGAAAGAAAAGUCUAUCAAGUCUCAUAACUUCAUUGCAAAAGAAUUAUUAUAGCGUUGGAUUCGAGGAAGCGAGACGCCAAUUUCUACUAGAUAAAUUACAAAGGAACGAAGAAGCAAUAUCUAAGUUUUAUAAAAAAUCAAAACUCGUGCGCAAACAUCCAAAAAGAAGAUUAUCUGGAAUGAAAUUCGCAGUUGGAAUGAUUGUGAGAACCAAUCUAGACACAGAAGGCGUGAUAACUGGAUGGAACCCAAAGAAACCCAAUUUUAGAAUCAGAAACACGAUUUCAUCUGUUUCAUGGUAUUAUGCAGUCCUUUGCGAGGACGAGAGAUUAUAUUAUAUCUCCGAAGUCGGUUUAUGCAAGGUGAACAGGCCGAAACCAUUCAACAACAGCAGUUUUGGCAAAUAUUUUUGCAGAUUUGAAGAUAAUCAUUACGUACCAAACGAGCUGCUGGCAAAUGACUAUCCAUUUGACAUAUCAUAUUUGUCUAACAAAUCGUAACAGCUUUUUUUAGUGUUAUAGGUUUAAGAUAGGAUAGGAUGUAUUCUACUUAUAUUAUUACUAUAUUGCUGUAUUUUUCUACCAAAUAUUAAUAAAUAUAAAGUAUUAAUAAAUAUAAAAA